UGCACCGCAGCAGUGGGCUCCGCUUGCACGGCAGCGGUGCUGGGUGCCAUGGCAGGGGUUUCAUGACUGGGCUGAAAGCUGUCCGCACUGCGCGGAAACGGCCGGCCCUGAGUGCCAGCGAGUUGACCGAACAAUUGAAGCGGCUUUGGGACCACUACAGCAUCCCAGAGGUCCACAGGCAGCUUUACUUGAAGCGCUACUGCUCUGGGAAGUAUCAGAGCGAUGUUUUGCUCAAAGAGGUUCAGUCUUUGGUGCGUGGCAGAGCCUUGGUCCAACGGCUUAUGAAUGCCAUCGAGGCUCGAGAAGAGGUGCUCUUGCGGCUGAGCGUCUUGCGGAGCGCCUUUGCAGACCUUGAGCUUCGGACACCUGGCUCCUUGGGUAGGUGCCAGCUCUCUGAACAGCUCUACUGCUUGCGAAUGAGCACUGCAGAGGCCAUCAAGCUCUUGCAUGCGUGGCGGGUCUCCGUAGCCCCAGUGGCCAGUGCUGGCUGUGUGGCGGGACCAGGCUCCCGUGGAGCAUGUUGGCCUUACGAAGUCGUCGAGGGCCAUGACCACUGGGAAGACUACUUGUUGUAUGUCAUGAAGAAUGACUCCGUGGUGCGCCAGUUCGAAGCGGUGGUGGAGCUCGCGAGGGAGCCCGAUCCACUGCUGCUCUACGGCGCGGUAGGAGGCCGUGGCCCCUUCGAAAGUGGCAAGUUGUGCCCACCCUGUGGGGAUUUGCAGCGGCAAAAGCUGGAGCAAGCGCAGCUCUUGCUGGUGGAGGAAGAGCUCUCCUUAAUGCUUUUCGCUGAGAACUCCCCAAGGAGCACGCCGGAUGCGAGGCCUCCCAGCAGACCGAGCUCACGCCUGGUGGAGGAGCUGGCUGCACCACUGGAACUCUCCCAAGCUCCGGACAGUCCGGUGCCGCCCCGACCUCCUAGCCGACCCCGUACAGCACCUCGACGACCCCGAGGUUCAACCGACAGGUCCGCACGUCCCAAGACAUCUGAAGCGCAGAAGCAGGCGGCGGAACUGAAGGCGAAGCAACGCGUGUCUGCAUCGGCGCGGAAGAAGAAGCGUCCACCCUUGCCCAUGUGGAAAUCACAACCGAAAGUGGAGCGGUCUGAGCAAAAGAAGGACGAGUUCAAAGACUUCGAGUUGACCGGUGAUGAGGUGGAAGACAUGCAAAAGGAAUUGAGAGAUAUGAUUACGGCCUUUCAGGCCACCCGGAAGAAGAGCCUCACAGAUUUUCAGGGCGUUCCCAAGCUCGUCAAGGGACAGACGGCGGAGAAGGAAGCGGAACGGCCCAAGUUGCAGGACAUGAAGGGCCGGAGGAAGAGCGGCACGGGCAUGGACUUGCAGCUUGCACGGAAGAAGAGCGUGCCUGCUGUGGAGUUGCAGCUGGUGAAGGCACCAACGGCCAGCUUCGACUUGAAUUUCUUUAGCGAGGAGUUGUUCUCCAUCGAAGACCCUGCACAUGUGGAAGAGGAGGAUGAGUGUGUCUUGAAGUGCGGCAUGGAGAUGGCGAGGUUCCAAAGUGUUUGGAACCGCUUUGAGAAUGACAAUGCCAUCCAUCAUGAUGUGGCUUGCAAUGCCUUGGCGCGAAUUGGCUUUGUUGGUCCAGAAAAGCAAUGGGUGGAGGAGAUCUUUCGUCAGCCGGGAAGAGUUCAUGCACAUCGUGGACCUCUACGAUGAACGGCAGCGGAAUUCCUUCCACCAGAAGUUCCUUGACGUUGACGUCGAUGGCUCCGGAGAGA